AUGGAGCGGAACAGCGGGCUGGAGGCUGGGCCGGAAGCGGAGCUGGAGGAAGGGGAGCCCGAGGUGAAGAAGCGGAGACUCCUGUGUGCGGAGUUUGCUUCGGUCGCUAGUUGCGACGCCGCUGUGGCUCAGUGCUACCUGGCCGAGAACGACUGGGAGAUGGAAAGAGCACUGAACUCCUACUUCGAGCCGGCCGUGGAGGAGAGCGCUUCAGAAAGCCGUCCUGAGUCCCCCUCUGAGCCCGAGUCCUGUGUUGACCUAACCAAGGAAGAGACAAAUGAUUCCGUUCGUUCUAAAACCAGCACAUCUGAAGAUAAAAGUGUUCAGCAAGAAGAUGGCAGCGUAUUCUCUUUCAUUACCUGGAAUAUUGAUGGAUUGGACAUGAACAAUCUGCUAGAGAGGGCUCGAGGGGUGUGUUCAUAUUUAGCUUUGUACAGCCCUGAUGUGAUAUUUCUACAGGAAGUUAUUCCCCCAUAUUAUGCCUACCUAAAGAAGAAAGCAAGUAGUUACGAGAUUAUUACAGGUCAUGAAGAAGGAUAUUUCACAGCUAUAAUGUUGAAGAAAUCGAGAGUGAAGUUUAAAAGCCAAGAAAUUAUUCCUUUUCCAAAUACGCAAAUGAUGAGAAACCUUUUGUGUGUGCAUGUGAGUGUGUCAGGAAAUGAGCUUUGCCUUAUGACUUCUCAUUUGGAAAGCACCAGAGGGCACGCUAAGGAACGAAUGAAUCAGUUGAAAAUGGUUUUAGAGAAAAUGCAAGAGGCUCCAGAAUCAGCUACAGUUAUAUUUGCUGGAGAUACAAAUCUCAGGGAUCAGGAAGUUACCAAAUGUGGUGGUUUACCCAACAACAUUUUGGAUGUCUGGGAGUUUUUGGGCAAACCUAAGCAUUGCCAGUAUACAUGGGAUACACAAAUGAACUCUAAUCUUGGAAUAGCUGCUACUUGUAAGCUUCGUUUUGAUAGAAUAUUUUUUAGAGCCUCAGCAGAAGGUGGCCACAUUAUUCCCCAAAGUUUGGACCUGCUUGGGCUGGAAAAACUGGACUGUGGUAGAUUUCCCAGUGAUCACUGGGGUCUUCUGUGCAACUUAGAUGUAAUAUUGUGA